AUGAGGCGUGGCCGUUCGGACUCUGGCGACGAGUGCGAGUUCUUCCGGCUGCCGUGUAUGCUGCUGGUGGAGUUUCUUGAUCUACGCGAGGCCAUCAACUUGCUAAAUACGAGUCGCUGGCUGAAAUAUGACCGUGUGUUGACGGCGACAGCACUGGAGAAGACGCGCUACGCCCAACAUUUCCACCAAAAAUGCGCCGCCGACUGGUGGCAUCUAACGCCGGCAUGGCAGGCAGGCGAGCGUCUGCUGGAGAGCGAUUGGGACGAGGAGGAGGACGCAGGGCCCACAGAUGUCUGGGAAGACUGUCACGUGCGCACAGCCGCGGGUAAAGAGCUCACCUACUGGAAGGACACAGUGCGAGAUACACCCCAAUGGCAACAUGUUCCUCUGCUGUCCAUAAUCGACUUUAUGGUGACCAAACUGCUCCCUCAGAGCUACAUUUCCUUUAAAUACGCAGCCACAGUGUACACUGCCAGACCCGUGAUUGUUCGACUGCAUCCACCCGAGAGUAAAGACAAGGAAAAGAAAGACGGACAGGACGCCGCUGAACAGGAUGUUGCACGUCGAAUCAGUGGGGCUUUGGGGACUCAGAAUGGCAAAUUGACGUCGCUUUUCGGUCUCCAUUGGGAGAACAUGCACGUGGAUGUAGACACAGGCAAAGUGACCUGCGCGGUGUGUCAACUGUAUGCUGAGGAGGUGGAGAAAUACCAGACCAAAGUAGCCAAGAUGAUAAGUGAGUGGAGAGAAGCAGUGAAAGCUAAACUCCCAGACUGGAAAGAGAAGGGAAUGCAUCAGAUGGAGAUCGAUCGACGUACGUACGAGAUGCGAGAGGACAUGAUCCCGUACAGUGGCUACUUCACGUCCAACGUCGCACGUCGCCACGGCGAUAUCAUCAUUCGCCACAUUUGCUCCUACUGGACGACGCUGGAUCAUCUCCAGAUCAACACACUCGGGUAUCGAGACGCCUCGCGGCUCGUAGCAGCGUUGACCUCCGACAUCCGGAAACAGUGUCAGCACUUUUCAAAGAUCAAACAGGCCAUGACAAAAGCCUUCCCUCGUGUAGCAAGAAUCCGCUACGAAGUCGACGAACCGGAACCUUCACCUGCCACGAACUCGUGGCAGGACACCGCCGUCACCGAACUGGUCGCUGGAGUCUCCCCAUCCGGAUUUCUUUGCGGCAUGUUGUUCAUUGAGAAAAGCGUUUGA